UGUGUGUGUAAGGGGGAGAGAGAGAGACUGGCUUUUUUCCUUUCUGCUCUUUCCCUAUUCCCUCUCUCUUCAGGCGAGCGGAGCAGAGCAGGACUGAGUGAGAGAAGGACAGACGUAUGCAGACCAGAGCAAACACCAACUCCACAAAGACGAGACAAGAGAGGAGUUUUCAAGAAGGAAAGAAAGAAAGAAAGAAAGAAACCAUCCCUUUUUUUUUUACAUGGGCAAAUUAUAGUGGAUAUCAAAGCUGCAUCAUCAGAUCUGUAGGAUUUGUGUGGAAGAUCUUUUUUUUUUUUUCUCCCUUCUAUUUAUACUCUCCAGUUAAAUAAAAUUGUUCCUGCAGGACUUGUGAGGUGUGGCAGGACUUUUUGGAAGCCAAAAGGAAGGAGAACAUAAAGAGAGGUGGACAGAAACAAGUAAGGAGAGGGAGAAAAAAAAGAAGAAGAAGAGGCUUAGGAACAUGCCCGCUGAAGACAGCAGUUUUGAAUCAAGCAUGGGCAGGCUGGCUGGGCAGUGGAUGUGGCUGCUGAUGCUCUCUGCCCUGAUGCUGGGCGAUGCCAGCGCCUGCCCGGCGCUUUGUACCUGCAGCGGCACCACAGUGGACUGCCACGGACUGGGGCUCAAAACUAUGCCAAGGAGUAUCCCCCGCAACACUGAGAGACUGGAGCUGAACGGAAACAACCUCACACGCAUCACCAAGAGUGACUUUGCUGGCCUGAAGUACCUCAGAGUGCUACAGCUGAUGGAGAAUCAGAUUACAGUGAUUGAGCGAGGAGCUUUCGAUGACAUGAAGGAGCUGGAGCGGCUGCGGCUGAACCGUAAUCAACUGCAGCAGCUUCCGGAGCUGCUGUUUCAGAAGAACCCCGGCCUGUCUCGGCUCGAUCUGAGUGAGAACUUCAUCCAAUCCAUCCCCAGAAAAGCCUUCAGAGGAGCGACGGACAUCAAAAACCUGCAGCUGGAUAAAAACCACAUCGGCUGCAUCGAGGAUGGAGCCUUCCGAGCUCUAAGAGGCCUGGAAGUACUAACGCUGAACAACAACAACAUCAGCAGCAUCCCCGUCUCCAGCUUCAACCACAUGCCCAAACUCCGAACUUUCCGUCUUCACUCCAACAACUUAAACUGUGAUUGUCACCUGGCCUGGCUGUCGCAGUGGCUCAGACAGAGGCCUACGAUUGGUCUGUUCACCCAGUGUGCUUCACCACCAGAGCUAAGAGGACUCAAUGUGGCGGAGGUCCAGAAACACGAAUUCUCCUGUUCAGGGCAUCAGGAGUCUUCCAGCCUGCAGCCGUGCAGCAUUGGCGGAGGCUCAUGUCCCGCCAUGUGCACCUGCAGUAACAACAUCGUGGACUGCAGAGGGAAAGGUCUCACUGCUAUUCCAGCCAAUCUGCCGGACAGCAUGUCAGAAAUACGUCUGGAGCAGAACGGGAUUAAGUCUGUGCCUCCCGGAGCCUUCUCCCCCUACAAGAAACUGCGCAGGAUAGACCUGAGCAACAACCAGAUCUCAGAGAUAGCGCCUGACGCCUUCCAGGGACUGCGAUCUCUUAACUCUCUCGUGCUUUACGGAAACAAGAUCACCGACCUGCCGAAGGGUGUGUUUGACGGCCUCUACUCUUUGCAACUGCUGCUGCUGAAUGCCAAUAAGAUUCACUGCGUCCGUGCCAACGCCUUCCAGGAUCUGCAGAAUCUCUCCCUGCUAUCGCUGUACGAUAACAAGAUCCAAACCCUCGCCAAGGGCACCUUCACUUCCCUGCGAGCAAUACAAACCCUGCACCUGGCGCAGAACCCGUUUAUUUGUGACUGUAAUCUGAAGUGGCUGGCAGACUACCUGCGCUCCAACCCAAUCGAGACCAGCGGCGCCCGCUGCGCCAGCCCACGCCGCCUCGCCAACAAACGCAUCGGACAAAUCAAGAGCAAGAAGUUCCGCUGCUCCGCCAAAGAGCAGUACGUCAUCCCAGGUACAGAAGACACCCGUCUCAAUAACGCCUGCAACACUGAUCCCGUGUGUCCUCCCAAGUGUCGCUGUGAGUCUAACGUGGUGGACUGCUCCAACCUGAAACUUACCAAGAUCCCCGAGCACAUCCCUGCGUCCACAGCUGAACUCCGCCUUAACAAUAACGAGAUCACCAGCCUUGAGGCAACUGGAGUCUUUAAGAACCUUUCCCAUCUGAAGAAAAUUAACCUGAGUAACAACAAGAUCACAGAGAUCGAGGACGGGGCUUUUGAAGGUGCAUCCUCUGUCAUUGAGCUCCACCUCACAGCCAAUCAAAUCGACUCGGUUCGCAGCGGGAUGUUCCGAGGCCUCGAGGGACUGCGCAUGAUGAUGCUGCGGAACAACAAAAUCAGCUGCGUCCACAACGACAGCUUCACGGGGCUUCACAACGUCCGUCUGCUGUCUCUGUACGACAACCACCUGACCACCAUUACUCCUGGAGCGUUUGACACGCUGCAGACUCUCUCUACUCUAAACCUCUUGGCCAACUCCUUCAACUGCGACUGCCGGCUGGCGUGGCUCGGCGACUGGCUGAGGAGCAGGAAGAUUGUGACGGGUAACCCUCGCUGCCAGCGCCCGGCCUUCCUGAAGGAGAUCCCCCUGCAGGAUGUAGCGCUGCCGGAUUUUCGCUGCGAGGAAGGCCAAGAGGAGUCAAGCUGUGUUCCUCGACCCCAGUGUCCCAGCGAGUGUACUUGCCUAGAGACGGUGGUGCGCUGCAGCAACAAGCAUCUCCACACACUACCCAAAGGCAUCCCCAGGAAUGUGACUGAACUGUACCUUGAUGGCAACCAGUUCAGUGUUGUUCCCAAGGAACUGUCUUCCUUCAAAUUCCUACAGCUGGUUGACCUGAGCAACAACAAAAUUAACUCUCUGACCAACUCAUCCUUUGCAAACAUGAGCCAACUGACCACUCUAAUCCUGAGCUACAACUCCCUGCGCUGCAUACCCAAAAUGGCUUUCAGUGGCCUGCACUCACUGCGACUGCUGUCACUUCAUGGUAAUGAAAUCUCAGAGCUUCCAGAUGGCAUCUUCAAUGAUGUGACCUCCCUCUCCCAUUUGGCGAUCGGAGCCAACCCUCUGCACUGUGACUGCCACCUGCGCUGGCUCUCUGACUGGGUGAAGACCGGAUACAAAGAACCUGGGAUCGCGCGUUGUGCCGGCCCGCAGGGGAUGGAGAGCAAGCUGCUCCUCACCACGCCUGCCAAGAAAUUUGAAUGCACAGGCGAUGUGGACACGUCGGUGCUGGCCAAGUGUAACCCCUGCCUGUCCAGUCCCUGCCUGAAUCACGGCAUCUGUCACAAUGACCCAUUGGAGAUCUACAGGUGCAGCUGUCCUCCUGGGUUCAAGGGCAAGAACUGUGAGACGGCUGCGAAUGCCUGUGUGAGUAGCCCAUGCGCCAAUGGAGGAACCUGCAAAGUGAAUGAGGAGGACGAGGGAGAGUACCGCUGCUCCUGUCUGCCGGGCUUUGAGGGCCCGACUUGCCAAAUCAAUGUCGAUGACUGUGAAGACAACGACUGUGAGAACGGGGCGACCUGCAUUGAUGGAGUCAACAACUACACUUGUUUUUGUCCCCCCUACUACACAGGGGAGAUGUGUGAAGAAAUGGACGACGUGUGUGCUCCAGGGCGAAGCCCCUGCCAACAUCAGUCUACCUGCCUCAUCAGCACCUCUGGACCCAAGUGUGUGUGUUCUCCUGGGUAUGUUGGUGAUGACUGCAGUGUCAACUACGAUGACUGCAGGGAGCAUCGCUGUCAGAACGGAGCACAGUGCGUGGAUGAGCUGAACGGAUAUUCCUGCAUCUGCCCCGAAGGAUAUAGCGGCCAGCUGUGUGAAGUUCCCCCAUCUCCCCUGUCACUGUGUGAGCUGGCCGACUGCCAAAACAACGCCCCCUGUGUGGAGCGAGGUGGCCGCGCCCUCUGCCAGUGUCCUCCAGAGUUCGGGGGUCCGCGCUGCGAAAAACUGGUCAGCGUCAACUUUGUCGACAGAGACUCCUACUUAUUGCUGUCCGACCUGGAGAACUGGCCACAAGCUAACAUCACCCUGCAGGUUUCCACAGCUGAGGACAAUGGGAUCCUGCUGUACAAUGGAGACAACGAUCACAUUGCAGUGGAGCUCUUCCAAGGCCACGUGAAAGUGAGCUACGACCCGGGCAGCCAGCCAGGACACGCCAUAUACAGCACCGAGACCAUCAACGAUGGUCAGUUCCACACAGUGGAGCUGGUGACCUUCGACCAGAUGGUGAACCUGUCCAUUGAUGGGGGUCUCCCUACCACAAUGGACAGCUUUGGGGCUGUGCGGCCCCUCAACGGAGAGGCGCCACUAUACGUGGGGGGUAGGGGCCCUCUCCAGAACACACCUCCCUCCUCUGCAGGCAUGCCUGUGGAUGUCCACUCCGGCACGUUCCGUCUCUGGCAGAUCCAGAACGGCUCCAGCUUCCACGGCUGCAUCCAGAACCUGUACAUCAACAAUGAGCUCCAGGACUUCACCAAGACCCAAAUGAAGCCCGGUGUGGUGCCAGGCUGCGAGCCCUGCAAGAAGCUCUACUGUGUCCAUGGCAUCUGCCAGCCUGACGGGUUACAGGGACCCGUGUGUCACUGCCAGCCAGGCUGGAGCGGGGCGCACUGUGAUCAGCCGGCUCUCAACCCCUGCCAGGGCAGCAAAUGCGUCCAUGGAAAGUGCAUUCCUCUGGACUCUCAGUCUUACCGCUGCGAGUGCGAAGAGGGCUACAGAGGCGCGCUUUGUAACCAGCAAGGAGAGCUGUUCAACCCCUGCCGCCGCCUCUCCUGCAAACACGGCCGCUGCCAGAUCUCCGACACCGGAGACGCAUACUGUCACUGCGAAAGCGGCUACACGGGGGAACUCUGUGAUGCAGAGUCUGAAUGUCGAGGUGAGCCGGUGAGAGACUUCUACCAGGUACAGCGGGGUUACGCCAUCUGCCAAACCACCCGCAUGGUCUCCUGGGUGGAGUGCACUGGAGCUUGUGACACAGGGAGCUGCUGCAUCAGCCAGAGGAUGAAGCGCCGGAAAUACACCUUUGAGUGCAGCGACGGAACGUCCUUCACCGAGGAGGUGGAAAAGACCAUCAAGUGCGGCUGCGUGGGCUGCAUGUAGCACCGUUCACUCGCACUUCCUGCCCCUGCUGCAGAGCAGACGAUGGAAAGCAAGGAUGGAAGGAAGGAAGGAAGAAAGGAAGAAAACUGCUGAAAGGUGGAGGAGAGAAAGCAAGAACGAAAGAGAUUAUACAGAAUAUAUAUAAAACCUCUAUCUAUAUAUUAUGGACAAUGUUUGUAAAAUAGGACAUUUCCUCUCUCGUCUGAGGGCGUGUGACCUAAAGUAAAACAGAAACAAACAUCCUGAGCAUCAGUGUAGGAGUGACAACAACAAAAAUAAAACCAUUGUAUCUGCAACAUUGUUCUAAGGGGGUCCAGAGAUUUUUGUAGGGUGUUGCAUUCAGAGUGAGGCAUCCCUCCUACCCAAACUAUCCCUUAUGAUCACCCCAUCUGUCUGUGAGGCCUCUAAUAGCUCAGCCAACAUCGUCCAUCUUUAGUUUAUACGGAGGUAAGAAGGACAAGGCGGUUUAUUUUGGCUCCGGAGAGAUAAAAAAAAGAGUGCAGAACCUGUUUGACUCUUGAGUUGAGCCUGGCUCGGUUACCUGGACAGUGUUGGAUCCGGUUUGGCUUUAGUUCAAGUCGCCACCCAAGCCUGGUGCGGCCAUUUCCCCCACCAGGAUGCCGUCGUCCGUCCUCACACCUAGAUGUCAAAGCGAGCGUGUGGUGAAAAGGGAACGUCCGGUCAGAGCGGCGCGGUGUUGUGGGUUUUCCGAGACGAGGUGCUGAGAAACGUUUGCCAUAAGCUCCCAGGACAUAGUACUCCCCUGCUAAUAAAGACUGCACGGACUAGCAGCACUGAAAGGCGGCUAAAUGCACCUCUGUGAAACACACGGUCACGCAUGCGUGGCACGCACACCAUCCCGACACAGCGUGGGAGGGCCGGUGCGGCGCAGCUCUUCCCCUUUGUUCAUACAGUAAAAGCGGCGGUGGCGGCGGCGGCAGAGGCAGUGCCCCCAGCAUGUAUCGCCUCAGGGUUAGGGAUGUUUUGCAGGAGGCUGAGUGACCCUGCUCCCGCCGAUGCCCGCAGUAUUAAACCUCCGCAAAAUGUUGCAUGUGUGGAGAGUUUGCCAACAAAUAUGUAAAGAUUUUUCCUUAUUAUUAUGAAGAUUAUUACAAAAAGGUUUAGAGUCUCAUUAUGUUUUUGUUUAUUUUCCCAUUUCCUUAUAUAAUUCUUUUUGUUAUAAUUUGCUAUAAUUUGUCUCAUGACAUGAUGUAUUCUAACGUCUUUAGUUGCCCCUUUCCCCCCCUCUCCCCCCUCUAUAUUGUAAUGCCUAACAGAUUCUAAUAUAUAUAUAAAUAUAUUUGUAUUUCAUUUUGGUAUAGUAUUUUUCUAUGUUAAAGAGUACGUCUGUGUUGGGAAGCAUUUAGACUGGCGGAAAUGCAUUCAGUUGGUUUCCUAGUUGUUUUUUAUUUGUUGAUCACACCUUCUCCAGCUAAGUAAUUAUUAGAACUGGCCUAAAGCGCAGCAGCGGGUCGGCCUUGGCGUAUAUAAAAGGCAGUAUUGGUCUAGAACAAUUGUUAAAUAUUGUACAUGUUGUCUUCCAUGUGAAUAUUACACGUAAUUCAUGAGAAUCUGUGCUUAUUUUUUUGUUUUUUUUAUUUAUUCUAAACAUAAGUGUUGCUGUCAUUUCAAAUAAUGAAAAAAGACAAACCCCACAAAUUAAAAAAUGAUUAAUUGGUUGGUUAGAAAGCAGGAAAUAACCCACCUAGUGUUUGUAACGUCACUACAUAGUGAGCUACAACAGUGUUUAUCGCUCCUGGGACUCAGACGUCGCUACAAUGGGAGGUCGGAGCUCAGAGUGAGAAAGGUCCUCAAAUUUACUUUAGAAAUUAACCCGCCACACAUAAAAUCCUCCAAAGUUUCCACAUCUCUGCGUGACGGGCUGCAUUUUUUUUUUGUCACUUCAAUCUGAGAGACGUUUGAACCAAUGUGUUUAUGUUUGCGCUUUAGUUAAGUUGGGCUCAACCGAUCAUAAGCUGCUGUCAAGCCACAAGAAAAUGGGAUGAAGUUGCCUCUGUGGACACAGAUCAUGUUAAGGUGGAUCUUCCUUAGAUCUUUUUUUUUUUUUUUUUUUAGGGGCAGCUGUGAGGAGCGUUACAUGCCAGCUACUGACAGAUAAUAACAAGAAAGUCCUGGACAUGUUCAUUGUCUGUCAGUCUGAGGUCUGAUUGUCCUCACAACAAAAGAGAGAGAGAGAGAAAAAGAUGCCAAUUCUAGUGAGCAGUCAUCAAACCUGAAUGUAUAAAUGUGUAUAGAUAAAUAUGAGCUAUGCUUAUUCAUGAAGUGGUAACUUUUAGCUGUUAUUUAGUUUGCAGUGUAAGAUGCAGGGAAACGCAUUGAGAGAGACUCUGUCUGGGGCUGUGCUUCUCUGAACGGCUCACUGUGGAGUGAAAGGCUGCAGCACGGCGUCACAUCGUACAGGUUCCAGUUCAUACUGCUAACCAUGCAAACUUUGUUUCCGACGCUGUUAACGCGAUGCCAGUGGUGUAUGAUAAAAAAAAAAAAAAAUGGCAGAAAAUCUGUUGAACCAUACUGAUGAGCAGUCACUGUAAUAUUUUAGGCUCUGUGCCUCAUAAAGGUGCAUUAUUUUGAAUUAAAUGUGACUUUCUCUUCAUGACUCUUCUCAUUCCUUUGCACUGAUCUGUACUGGACUGGUGCCGUUAGACCUCCUCAUAGACAUCUUAGUGGUGUUUGUGCUAUAUUAUGAUGUAAUUCCAUAAUCUGGACAUAUGAACAGAAACAGAUUUUUUUUUCCCUUUAAUUUUCCAUCCAAUGAACUAUAUACAUAAAUGUUAUUGUGAACAACACACUGUCUCGGUUGUAUUAACAUGGUGCAGAAGCUAAAGAAAUCCCUGGUCGGGUUCUGUGUGGUUGUUUUCAUGUUGCAGGACUGAUGGUGGGGGGAUGGGGGAGGGGGGGGGAUUGAACUGAAAAACUUCAUUAUGCUGAAUGUAUGUAGUGCCACCGACAAAAUGUUUACCAAAUUUCCACUCUUUUCAUUAAUUAAACCUAAAAUGUGUGUGCUUUUAAAAA